AUGGCUCAGGGAUUAAAGCAGUUGUCCUCUAACCAGAGAGUCAGCAGUUUCGAUCCCAGUCUCCCCAUUCCGAAUGCCGAACUCUAUCUAAUUAAAAAAAUUGGUUUUAUUUCAGGCAAGGUGACCAUUCUGGAGGAUGCCGCCCUCAAUUCACUCCAUAGUCAGAUAAGUCAGCAAGCUGCUUAUGAUAAUGGUGACCCGAAAGUGAAGCUGACAACAUAUGAUAUCUACAAAGAGCUGCGACUGCGUGGCUAUGACUAUGGAAAGUCCUUCCAAGGCAUCUUGGAGUCAAACAAUUCAGGAGAUAGAGGGAAGCUGCUGUGGACAGGAAACUGGGUGACAUUUCUGGACACCAUGUUGCAGAUGAUUGUAGUGGGGCUGUCUGGUCGAAGUCUGCGCUUGCCAACCAGGAUACGCUCAGUUUGUAUUGAUCCAGCUGUCCAUCUGGAAAAGAUCUGCGAGUACACUGAUGGAAAACAGGCUGUGGAUAUCCAUGUAGACAGUUGCCUUGACAAUGUGGUAGCUGGUGGAGUCCAAAUCUGCGGUCUGCAUGCCACUGUUGCCCCACGUCGGCAGCAUCAACAGAGUCCACCAACCCUGGAGGAAUUUCUGUUUGUUCCCUAUGUGGAGACAGAGUGCCUAACAGCCAAUGGGAAACUUACAGAGCAGCUGAGAAUCUGCAAAGGUUUAAUUCACAGACUGCAGCAAAAGUUGGCCCCUCAUGGUGUUAAGCUCUCCAUCCCUGGGCUACAAGUGGAGUCAGACAGCCCAUUUCCAUGCCUUGAGCCCAGUCAGCCCGGCCUGCCGCGGCUGCUGGCCUUGCUCUGUGCCUUGGAGCUGAAUGGGAAUCUUCAGUCUGAACUGGAACAGCUGGUGGAGAAGGAGAGGGCAUGUUUGCUGCAAGACAGCCUGCUGCAGGGACUGCUAAACAACCAUGCUCUCAGACACUGCCUGGACAUCGCUUUGGAAAACAGCAUACCCGGCAAGAUCAAAGUCCUUGAGGCUCUAACUAAUGAUGGCCAGCUCUUCUCUCAUGUGGUACCCCUCCUAAAUGUCCAGCCCAUGCUACGUGUGGACUACACCGCCACGGCGUCCAACUUGGAUCUUUUGACCCCCCACCAAGCAGCCUUAGAGGAGCUGGCGGUUACUUCAGCUCAGUGGGAUCCUCUGAUGGGCCCGGCUCCUGGAAGUAUGAUAGGCGGGUCAGACCUAGUGUUGUGUAAUCACGCUUGGGGCCCUCUGAGGAUGGACCCUAAACUGCUGGUGGCAAAUCUGUCUUCUGGAGCCAAACACGGAGGGUUUGUUCUCCUCCACACCCUGCUGAAAGGAGAGACACUGGCUGAAACAGUGGCCUUCCUUUCCAACACAGCCCAGAGCAGCAACCAGCAAGGACUACUCACACAGGUUGAGUGGGAGAAGGUCUUCUCUGAGGUCUCCCUCAGUCUGGUGGCUGUCAGGAAGUCUUUUUAUGGCUCAGCCCUUUUUCUUUGUCGCUGCCAGUCUCCAGCCAAACAGCCUAUUUUCCUUUCUGUGGAUACUACUGACUACAUCUGGGUGGAAACACUCAAGGCAAUGAUGGCAGAGACAUCAGACUGUCCAGUGUGGUUGACUGCCUCUCAGGCCAACUGUGGCAUUGUGGGAAUGGUCAACUGUUUACGGCAGGAGCCAGGUGGCAGCCGAAUACGCUGUGCAUUUGUGUCCAAUCUAAAUGAGUCUUCAGUUGCACCAAGCCUCCAACUGGAUCCUGAGUCCAUGAAGUCAGUGCUGGAAAGAGAUCUGGUUGUAAAUGUGUUCAGAGAUGGACACUGGGGCGUCUUCCGACACCAGCUCAUCACUUCCGAUCAAAAUGAAGAGUUGACAGAGCAGGCCUACAUCAACGUGUUGACUCGAGGUGACCUAUCUACUCUGCGAUGGAUUGCCUCCCCACUCUGUCAUUCUGUGGCCAACAACUCUGAAAUGCAACAAUGUUGCGUGUACUAUAGCUCACUCAACUUCAGAGAUAUAAUGCUUGCAACUGGCAAACUACCACCAGACGCUAUUCCAGGGGGUAUGGCUCUGCAGCAGUGCAUGUUGGGUAUGGAGUUUUCUGGUCGUGAUCCCAGUGGUCGGCGUGUGAUGGGCCUGUUACCUGCUAAAGGCCUGGCAACAAGUGUGAACGCUGACAGACGGUUCCUCUGGGAUGUUCCUUCCUCUUGGACCCUUGAGCAGGCAGCCUCAGUGCCAGUGGUCUAUGCCACAGCCUACUACUCUCUUGUGGUGCGCGGCAGGCUCCGCCAUGGGGAGACUGUUCUCAUCCACUCAGGCUCAGGGGGUGUCGGCCAGGCUGCCAUUGCUAUAGCACUCAGCAUGAAUUGCAAAGUCUUCACCACAGUCGGCUCAACAAAGAAGCAGGCCUACUUGCAGGAGAGGUUCUCUCAGCUCUCGGGGGAGUCCUUCGCUAACUCCAGAGACAUCUCUUUUGAACAGCACAUCUUGCUCCACACACAGGGCAAAGGUGUGAAUGUAGUUCUGAAUUCUCUGGCUGAGGAGAAACUGCUGGCUAGCAUUCGCUGCCUAGCUCGCCAUGGACGAUUCCUGGAGAUCGGCAAAUUUGACCUCGCGAACAACUCUCCAUUGGGUAUGGGUCUUUUCCUGAAGAACGUAGCAUUCCAUGGCAUCUUGCUGGAUGCUCUCUUUGAAGAUGGUAACCAGGAGUGGGAAGAAGUAUCCCAGCUACUGAAGGAAGGCAUUAUGGGAGGUGUAGUUCAGCCUCUAAAGACCACAGUGUUUGAGAGGGAUCAAGUGGAGGAAGCAUUCAGAUAUAUGGCUCAGGGCAAGCACAUUGGCAAGGUCCUGCUGCAGGUGCGUUAUGAGGAAAGGGGUGCAGAAGUCCAAACUGCUUCCCCCUUGUCUCUUCUGGCAAUCAGACGCACUUAUUGUGUCCCCUCCCACUCCUACAUCAUCACUGGUGGACUGGGGGGCUUCGGUCUGGAACUUGCACAGUGGCUGAUGGAGAGAGGAGCCCACAAACUGGUGCUGACUUCCAGAUCUGGCAUCAGGAAUGGAUACCAGGCAAAGCGAGUGCGUGAAUGGCAGAGUCAAGAUGUGGAGGUGCUGGUGUCAACAAGUGAUGUCAGCACGCAGGAGGGAACAGAGAAACUCAUCGCUGAGGCCAGUGCACUGGGUCCAGUGGGCGGUAUCUUUCACCUAGCAAUGGUACUGAAAGAUGGCAUGCUGGAGAAUCUGACUCCUCAGAUCUUCCUUGAUGUCAACAAACCAAAAUAUGAUGGCACCAUAAACUUGGACAAAGUGACGAGAAAGUUGUGUCCAGACCUCAAGUACUUUGUGGCCUUCUCCUCAGUCAGCUGCGGGCGUGGCAAUGCUGGGCAAAGUAACUACGGUUAUGCCAACUCAGCCAUGGAACGUGUAUGCGAAAAGCGUUGUUACGAUGGCCUACCUGGACUGGCAGUCCAAUGGGGUGCCAUUGGUGAUGUAGGCGUGGUGCUGGAGAUGAUGGGUGGCAAUGAUACAGUUAUUGGUGGCACCCUACCACAGCGCAUCACAUCCUGCAUGGAGGUGCUUGACCGCUUUCUGUGCCAGCAGCGGCCAGUGAUGUCUAGUUUUGUUCUUGCAGAGAGGAUAGUGAUAAAGACUGAGGCAGGAAGCCAGAGAGACUUGGUGGAUGCUGUAGCUCACAUUCUGGAAUCUCAUCAUGCUAAGAGAGAUGGCGUUAACCUUUCGUUGGAGCCUGAUUGGACCCAGCUAUUAGUAAACCCCAAUAGUCCCACAGUGACACCACUCAACAACAUUCAGAGCCAAGAGAGACCACUGUUCCUGGUCCAUCCGAUUGAGGGCACCAUUGCCGCCUUUAAGACACUUGCCUCCAAGCUCAGCAUGCCUUGCUGUGGCUUACAGUGCACAAAAGACGCGCCUCUGGACAACAUCCAAUCCCUGGCAGCCUACUAUGUCACCUGUAUCAGACACGUUCAGCCAGAAGGGCCUUAUCGAAUUGCUGGCUACUCCUUUGGUGCCUGUGUGGCAUUUGAAAUGUGUUCUCAGCUGCAGACCCAGAAUCAGUCUGUAGAGUACCUCUUUCUGCUUGAUGGAUCACACUCCUAUGUGGCAGCGUACACACAGAGCUACAGAGCCAAGCUGACACCUGGGAACGAGUCUGAAGCUGAAACUGAAGCUUUGUGUGCCUUUAUCCAGCAGUUCACUGGCAUUGAGUACAACAAGCUUCUGGAGACUCUUCUCCCACUGUCAGACCUGGAGGCCCGUGUCAACAAGGCAGUGGACCUAAUCCUCUCCAGCCACAAGAACAUCAGCCGAGACUCACUGCACUUUGCCGCUACUACCUUCUACUACAAACUAAAGGCUGCUGAUGGUUAUGUGCCCGCGACAAAAUACCAUGGCAAUGUGACACUACUCCGUGCCAAAACCAGCAGUGAAUACGAACAAAACCUGGGAGCUGACUACAACCUUAGUGAGGUAUGUGAUGGCAAAGUAUCAGUCCACAUCAUUGAGGGAGACCACCGCACCUUCCUGGAAGGAGAGGGGUUGGAGUCCAUUUGCAGUAUCAUCCACAGCUCACUAGCAUAGCCAUGUCUCGCGGCAAUGGAGGGCUAAAAAUGGCCAUCCCAACCUCACCCUCCCUCACACUAAUUCCACAACAUUCCCGAAAUAGGUUUCUUCCUUUAGGUAGUUCAAAUUAUAAGUUUAAUUUACAGACUAAGUCAUAGGUUCAACAGUCUUUGGACACUGCAUGUUUACAUGAUAUGCCCUAAUAUCCCAGAUGCACCUUAUUGCUCUUUUCUGUACCUUUUCAAAUCCUAUUUGUCAAUCACACACUCUCUCUAACCAAUUAGAGCUCUUAAUUUAGAAUAGGAAUAUAUUUUGUUGUCUAUGAAAUAGAUGGUUUUAACUGCACAUUUUGAAAAGACACUUUUAAAUUCAGUAUAUUUGAUAAGAUUUGAUAUUUAGGUUUGUUUUUGUUCAUAAUUUGAAAUGCAAAUAAUUAGCAGUACUUAUGAAAUACCCUUUUGCAUGUUUUGUAACAACACAACUGUUUAACUGUUAGACUUCAAAAAGUAUGCAGUUAAAGGACCACUUUAAUGUUUACUGAGCUACAGCGCCCUUCGUAGCAUAGCAUCAGCAUCUCUUUUAAUCACUUUGUGUCCAUUAAGUGGUUUUCAUAAAACAGCCUGUCAAUAUCUUGAUCAGAACUCUGACUGUGUACUCCCACUCACUGAACUGAAACACAGCUAAAUGUUUGGACAUUCUGCAUGAUCCCAGAAGCCCUGCCACUGUAACAAAUACACCACACUAUUUAGAAUGCUUAAUGUUUUUAAACUUUCCUGACUGGGUUUUAAUGACUUCAAAGUCUUUUUAAAUACUGUUUGGCAUUACUAUUGAACCUUCUGGGCCAGGUUCUGGUAAUUUAAGCUGUCACUAUCUGUCAGUUAUACACUGCUCACAGGAGGUCAUACCUGCUCACCAAAGUUACAUUACAUAAGAACAGGCAUUUGGGGUGAGGAAUGUGAAUUACAGUAGCUCCAUUGUUUCUAUUCCAAGUCAGUGUACCAUCAGAAUUAUGGUGAAGCAACUAUAUUAAGGUAAAAAUAAAAAAAUGUAUAGAGUUGCUCAAGCAAUUGGUGUCCAAAUUAAUUAAAUACAUGUAAUGUACUGCAGCUUCAAUGCAAAUUAUGUUAUCUUUCAAUAUGUUAUUUGAUUAAUCAAACAGUUGGCAAGGGUCAUUUAGGUAGUAAGUAAUCUCUCAUCUAAAAAGUUGACAAACAGUUAUUACCUUUAUACUGCAGUACCUCAAAUAAAUGUUUGCAGAAAAUUCUGAGCAGCAAACCCUUGAGCAGCAAGGGGAUUCACUUGGGAUCUUUGCUAAAAGGCUGUAUCCUGUUAGAGCUGUCUCUGACUCCCAUGACCUCCCUGGCUUUAUAAUGCCAGGAACUCAUCUAGUCCCACAUAACAUCAGUCAACCUGACUUCUGAGGCCUCCACUCUAGUCUAUGAAGGGUCAAGUGACUGGAGGCAAUGUGGUGACUGAUUGCAGUGAAGAGAAGGAAGUGACAGUAUAUGUUCAUCUCUUAUAUUGUAAUUUUGUUAUGACUAAUAAAAGCAUUGUACCAAG